CCAUUUUUUAGCCUUUCUGGUUCUUUCUCCGUCAAGCCGCAGAUCGAUCACACUCCUCAGAGUCUCCGUUGACUGCUGAGACUCGCCGACGUUGAUCUUCUUCGUUGCCCUUCAUGGCCAGAGGUCUCGUAGGGUGUCUGGUUCUGAUACUCACCGUGUCAAUAUGCUGUACUGCUUCAGUUUUCCAACCGAUCUCGGACUCUCAUCGGUCCACGGCUCUCGAGGUCUUCGCACCGGUCGAUGGAUCCUACGGAAGCUUGGAGGAGGCAUAUGAGGCACUAAGGACGCUAGAGGUUCUUGGAAUUGAGAAAAAGUUAGACGUGAGCACUGCAACCUGUGGGAAUGUAGCUAAAGUUCUUGGCUCAUCUUCGUCGGAUCUAAAGGAUGUGUUCUAUGCUCUAAAAGUUAGUGGUAUUCUGAAAUGUAAAGGUAGUGAAGAUGUUCUUAAGGGCAUUUCUUCUCGACUUCAAGCUGGUGCUAAAGACGCCAAUUCAUUGUUGGACUUCUACUAUUCUGUCAGAGGCAUGGUACUUGUUAAGGAACAAUCUUCCGGAACUGAUAUAAGUCUUGGUGAUGCUGAAGGGAUUUUUCGUUCUAUCAAGGCACUUAGCCAGAGUGAUGGAAGAUGGCGUUACAGCUCCAGCAAUCCUGAGUCAAGCUCUCUUGCUGCUGGCUUAGCCUUCGAGACACUUGCUGGAGUGAUUUCAUUAUCACCUUCAGAGAUUGAUCAAUCAUUGAUUCAAGCAUUGAAGAAAGAUAUAUUGAAGCUUUUUGACAGUAUUGAAAAAUAUGGUGAUGGAGCACUGUACUUUGAUGAGAAAUUUAUUGAUGCACACGAAAAUCAAGGCCCACUCUCAACGACUGCAUCAGUUGUUAGAGGGCUUGCGGCAUUUGCUGCCACUCCGUCUACAAAGUUGGAUCUGCCAGGAGAUAAGGUGUUGGGGUUGGCCAAAUUCUUCCUUGGUGUUGGAAUUCCUGGUGAUGCGAAAGACUUCUUCAACCAAGUAGAUGCAUUAGCUUGCUUGGAAGACAACAGGUUUUCUGUUCCACUCAUAUUAUCACUUCCAUCUUCUGUCAUAUCAUUGACGAACAAAGAGCCUCUGAAGGUUAAAGUUAGCACUGUACUUGGUUCUAAGGCACCAGCUCUUAGGGUGAAGCUUGUUCAAGCUCUCAGUUCUGGAUCAAAGGGUAGUUCUGUUAUUGAGAGCCAGGAGCUUAAAUUUGAUGCUGACAGUGAAACACACUUCUGGGACUCUUUUCCCAAGAACUUUGAUGUUGGAAAAUAUACUUUUGUACUUGAGAUUGAGCUGCAAGAUUCUGAGCUUGAAAAAGCAUACAUAACUGAAGCCCAAACGAAAGUUCCGGUGUUUGCCACGGGGCUUAUUGGCAUUGAUAAUGCUAAAAUUGCUGUGCUUGACAGUGAUGAGGGGAGUGUUGAAUCACAAAAAAUGCUAGAUUUGUCUAAAGAUGGAGUUGUAUCACUGUCUGCAAACCACCUCCAAAAGCUACACCUGUCCUUCCAGUUGAUAAGUCCUUCUGGACGUGUGUUUAAGCCUCACCAGGCAUUUCUCAAGCUGAAGCACGAGACACAGGUCGAGCAUGUCUUUCUUGUGGCGAAUUCUGGAAAGAAGUUUGAAAUAGUUCUAGAUUUUCUUGGGUUGGUUGAGAAGCUCUAUUAUCUCUCUGGAAAAUAUGAUAUCCAGCUAACUAUUGGAGAUGCUGCUAUGGAAAAUUCUUUAUUGCGGAACAUUGGCCAGAUUGAGCUAGAUCUACCAGAACGUCCAGAGAAGGCACCUCAUCCUCCUCUACAGCCUGCUGACCCUUACACAAGAUAUGAGCCAAAAGCAGAGAUAACACACAUCUUCCGGACUCCUGAAAAGCGUCCACUGAAGGAACUUUCACUAGCUUUCCUGGGUCUCACCGUUGUACCAUUUAUCGGUUUCCUCAUCGGGCUUCUGCGGUUGGGUGUGAACCUGAAGAAUUUCCCAUCAUCGGCUGGACCUGCCACUUUUGCCAUGCUCUUCCACUUUGGCAUUGGAGCUGUUCUGCUUCUCUACGCCCUUUUCUGGUUGAAGUUGGAUCUGUUUACGACCCUGAAAGUACUUGCAAUUUUGGGAGUAUUCCUGUUGGUCACUGGGCACAGGACACUCUCAUACCUUGCUUCAGCAUCAUCAAACAAAUUGAAAUCUGCCUGAGAGAGAGAAUUCAGUCUGUUUCCAUGGAGUAGCUUUUCAGUUUUGUAGCACUACUGUUAUGGAUAUUGGUAAAAGAGCCCCAUCCACCACUCCACAGGAUUCCAGCUUUUAAUACUGCAAGUUAGUCUCAGAGAUAUAUAUAAAAAGGAGCUUCAUUA